UGUGGGCUUGCUCAUCCACACUCAGCUCUGACGGUUAUAAAUAGUAAAGGUUAAUUAGUUAGGCAAGAAAUUUGAGCUGACCCUUUUGAAUUUGAUACACAGACAGGUAACCUAAGAUUUGCCCAUUGUCACUACAAUCAGACCUAUAUAAAUCCGUCUUGGCAGAGGGCAGUCACCACAUAGCCACAUUACCUCACCGUUCGAUCACCUGCGGCGAGAACUUCAAAGGGGGACCAUGUCUAUGUCAUCUAUCCUCUCCGCUGAUGCCAUCGACAGCGCAAUCAAGGACUGCCAAGCUCCAGACUCCUUCGACGGCAAGAAGUUUUUCCAGCUAUGUGGUCUCACCAAGAAGAGUGCCCAGGAGAUAAAGAAUGUCUUCGGCAUCAUCGAUGGUGAUGGCGAUGGCUUCAUUGAGGAGAAGGAGCUGAAGUGUUUCUUGCAGAAAUUCUCUCCUGGUGCUCGAGUACUGACUGACAAAGAGGCCAAGGCCUUCCUCAGUCUUGCUGACGGUGAUGGUGAUGGAAAGAUCGGCGCAGAGGAAUUCCAGGCCAUGGUGUCAUCUUGAAUAUCUGGACUGAACCGGUUUUCUUCUUCUUCUUCACCUUCAUAGUCCUCCAACACCCCCCUUCAACAGCAUCUUCUCUUACUUGAAUUUUCUUCUGAAGCAUCAGUAUGACAUGUUGCGGGGGGCGCCAGUCGACGGGAGUCCACGUUCAACACAUGUACACUACACGCACACCGUUUUUUGUAAUAUAUUUUAGAUGGGGUGCUACAACAACAAAAAAACUACCUAUGUGUAAACCACUACUAAUGUCACUGAGGGAAUGCACAAAAUAAAUUCAUUGAAAAGGGA